AUGUCAAGUACUGAGAAAUCUUCUGAAGACAGUAUUGACACCAACGAUGGUGUCAACACUUACAGAGGUUUCGAUGCAGACGUUCAAGAACAAGUGCAAGACCUUGCCAGAAUACUCACAAACAAAUCUUAUAGCUCAUCAUGCCAGAACAAGGCGGACAGUGAUUUGCUAUCAAGAGUUUCUACUGUCGCUCCUGGUGUUGAUCCAAUUACCGGUCUUGAGCAAUUAGAUCCUAGAUUGGAUCCAAACAGCAGCGACUUUUCUUCCCGUUAUUGGAUCAAGAACUUUAGGGCUCUUAUGGAUAAGGAUCCCGAGCACUACAACAAUUAUUCCUUAGGUAUCACAUAUAAAAACCUAAGAGCAUACGGUGAGGCUACAGACGCAGAUUACCAGUCCAACGUUGUCAAUGCUCCAGCCAAGCUGUUCGGUGGUCUCUACAAGAAGUAUUUCAGAACAAGCUCAGCAAAGGAGAAAGUUCAAUUCGAUAUUCUCAAGUCUAUGGAUGGUAUUAUCAAACCUGGUGAGGUUGUCGUUGUCCUGGGUAGACCUGGUUCUGGUUGUACCACUUUGCUUAAGACAAUUGCAUCCAAUACCCACGGUUUUGACAUCGCACCAGAGUCAGAGAUCACUUAUGAUGGAUUGACACCGCAAGAGGUUGUCAAGAGUUUUAGAGGUGAGAUUGUUUACAACGCAGAAGCUGAUAUCCAUUUCCCUCAUUUGACCGUUUGGCAAACAUUGUAUACCGCUGCAAAGUUCAGAACUCCUGAAAACAGAAUCCCGGGUGUUUCGAGAGAAGAGUUUGCAGCUGCAUUGACGAAGGUUUACAUGGCUACAUAUGGUUUGACCCAUACUAAGAACACCAGAGUCGGUUCUGAAUUGGUUCGUGGUGUUUCCGGUGGUGAGAGAAAGAGAGUUUCUAUUGCUGAGGUGUCACUGGCCGGUUCUAAGCUACAAUGUUGGGAUAAUGCCACAAGAGGUUUGGAUGCAGCUACAGCAUUGGAGUUCAUUAGAGCCUUGAGAACAUCUGCAGAUGUCUUGGAUACAACAGCAUUGAUUGCCAUCUACCAAUGUUCUCAAGAAGCUUAUGACUUGUUUGAUAAAGUCUCGGUCUUGUAUGAAGGUUACCAGAUCUACUUUGGAAGAGGUGACAAGGCAAGAGAAUAUUUCAUCAAGAUGGGUUGGGAUUGUCCACAACGUCAAACCACUGCCGACUUCUUGACUUCUGUUACCUCCCCAAGGGAACGUGUUGCCAGAAAAGGAUAUGAAAGCAAAGUUCCUAAGACCGGUAAAGAGUUUGAAGCCUAUUGGAAAGCAUCUCCAGAGUAUGCAGAAUUAAUGAAGGAAAUUGAUGCAAAUUUACACCAAACCUCUCAGAGCUCUACCAAAGAUGUUAUCCUCUCCGCUAAGCAUGCUAGACAGUCUAAGAACAUGAGAAAGUCCUCUCCUUUCACUGUUUCUUUCCCAAUGCAAGUUAGAUAUCUGUUGACUCGUGAAUUCCAGAGAAUCAGAAACGAUAUCUUCUUCCACGCUUUCUCUGUGUUGUCCAAUUCUCUUAUGUCCCUCGUCUUAUCAUCUAUUUUCUACAACUUGCAAAAUGAUACUGCUUCCUUUUACUACAGAGGUGCUGCUAUGUUUUUGGCCGUCUUGUUCAACAGUUUUGCUUCUUUCUUGGAAAUCAUGUCUCUUUUCGAGGCAAGACCAAUUAUCGAAAAGCAUAAGCAAUUUGCACUGUACCAUCCUGCUGCAGAUGCCCUGGCAUCUGUCAUAUCCCAGACUCCGUUCAAAAUGAUAACAGCUCUGUUCUUUAACUUGGUGUUCUAUUUUAUGGUCAAUUUGAGAAGAGAUCCUGGUCGUUUCUUCUUCUACUUCUUCGUGAACAUCCUGGCCACAUUUACCAUGUCUCACGCUUUCAGAUUGAUCGGUUCCAUGUCAAAUAGUUUGGCUCAGGCGUUGGUUCCCGCUCACAUCAUUUUACUUGGGUUGGUUAUGUUCCUUGGUUUCACUCUUCCAACACCAUAUAUGCUUGGCUGGUGUAGAUGGAUGAACUAUUUGAAUCCGUUGGCUUACACUUUUGAAGCGUUGAUGGCCAAUGAAUUCCACGAUCGAGAAUUUGACUGCACACAGUUCAUUCCUGGUAAUCCAAAUGAACACCCAGAAUGGCCUUCUGCUGCUUGGGUGUGUGAUGCUGUUGGUGCAGUUGCUGGUGAAUACUCUGUUAGUGGUGAUGCCUACUUGAGCUUGUCAUAUGAUUACUCCAAUGGUCAUAAGUGGAGAAAUGUUGGUAUCUUGAUCGCUUUCCUUGUUGUUUUGUUGGCUGUCUAUAUGCUCUUUGCUGAGUUUAACGAAUCUGCGAAACAAAAGGGUGAAGUCUUGCUGUUUCAAUGGUCUACUCUUAGAAAGAUCAAAAAGGAUAAAGCUUCAAAUGAUCUCGAGGCAGGUAAGGAACGUGAUGUAACUGAACAGAAUGAUGAAGGUGAUGAUGUUAACGUCGAAGCACUGCAAGCUGGUAAGGAUAUCUUUCAUUGGAGAGACGUCCAUUACACUGUGAAAAUCAAGACAGAGGAGAGAGAGAUUUUAGCUGGUGUUGAUGGUUGGGUUAAGCCUGGUACGUUGACUGCGCUGAUGGGUGCCUCCGGUGCUGGUAAGACCACUUUGUUGGAUGUUCUUGCCAGUCGUGUCACUAUGGGUGUUGUCACAGGUAACAUGUUUGUCAAUGGUCACUUGAGAGAUUCUUCUUUCCAGAGAUCCACCGGUUAUGUCCAACAGCAAGAUUUGCAUUUGGAUACUGCAACAGUACGUGAAGCUUUGAGGUUCUCUGCUUAUUUGAGACAACCUUCUUCUGUCUCGAAGAAAGAAAAGGAUGAUUACGUCGAGGAAGUUAUCAAGAUCUUGGAUAUGCAGAAGUAUGCUGAUGCUGUUGUUGGUGUUGCUGGUGAGGGUUUGAACGUUGAACAGAGAAAGAGAUUGACCAUUGGUGUUGAGCUUGCUGCUAAGCCAAAGCUUCUGUUGUUCUUCGAUGAGCCAACAUCUGGUUUGGAUUCCCAAACUGCUUGGUCCAUUUGUCAGUUGAUGAGAAAGCUUGCCAAUCACGGCCAAGCUAUCUUGUGUACCAUUCAUCAGCCUUCUGCUAUCUUGAUGCAAGAGUUUGACAGACUUCUCUUCUUGGCUAGAGGUGGUCGUACGGUCUACUUUGGUGACCUCGGUAAGAACUGUCAAACCCUUAUUGAUUACUUUGAGAGCCAUGGCUCGCCAAAGUGUCCACCAGAGGCUAAUCCAGCAGAGUGGAUGCUUCAUGUCAUUGGUGCAGCUCCUGGUUCUCAUGCAAACCAGGACUAUCACCAGGUCUGGUUAGAAUCUGAUGAACGUAAGGCUGUUUUGGCAGAGCUAGAUCAUAUGGAGAAGGAAUUGGUGAAACUCCCAAAGGAUGAGUCCAUUGGUAAUGAUGAGUUUGCAGCUCCAUUCUAUAAGCAGUUCUGGCUUGUUACAGAAAGAGUUUUCCAACAAACUUUUAGAACUCCAUCUUAUAUCUGGUCCAAGCUGUGUCUCUCCAUCAUUCCUUCUAUUUACAUUGGCUUUGUCUUCUUCAAUGCCAAUGCAACUAUGCAAGGUCUUCAAAACCAAAUGUUCUCUGUUCUUAUGUUCAUCACUAUCUUCAACCCACUUCUACAACAGAUGUUGCCAACGUAUGUGGCAGCUAGAGAUCUUUACGAGAUGAGAGAACGUCCUUCAAAGACCUUUUCUUGGAAGGCCUUUAUGCUUUCUGAAAUUGUUUCUGAAAUUCCUUGGAAUGCAUUGAUUGGAACCAUUGCUUUCUUCUGCUGGUACUACCCUGCUGGUUUCUACCAUAACUCUCAUAGUACUUCUGAAGUGAACCAGAGAGGUGCAUAUGCUUGGUUCUUCUGUGUGAUGUUCUUUGUCUAUAUUGGUACGAUGGCACAUAUGUGUAUUGCUCCAAUUCGUCUCGAAGAUAUGGCUGGUACAAUUGCUUAUCUGUUUUUCACCUUAUGUAUUACCUUCUGUGGUGUUAUGGUGAGUCCAGAUAUUUUACCUGGUUUCUGGAUCUUCAUGUAUAGGGUAUCACCGAUGACAUAUUUUGUCUCUGGAUACCUGGCUAAUGCAGUUGCACAUGCCGAUGUUAUCUGUGCUGAGAACGAGUACAGAGUUGUUACUCCACCACCUGGUGUCUCCAGCUGUGGUGAGUAUUUUGAGUCCUACAUCGAAGCUGCCGGAACUGGUUAUCUUAUUAACCCAAAUGCCGCUGAUCAAUGUCAAUUCUGUCCUCUGAGUAGUACAGAUGACUGGCUACACUCUGUCGGUAUCUCAUAUGGUGAAAAAUGGAGGAAUUUGGGUCUCUUGUGGGUCUAUAUGAUUUUCAAUGUUGUUGCUGCCAUUUUCCUCUACUGGUUGGCAAGGGUUCCAAAGAAGAGUGGUAGGGUGAAAGAGCAAGCGUCUUCUAAACCUUCAACACAGAAGGAGAAGAGUUCCUAAAAUACCCUGAAGAAUCUCUUCCUUAUUUUUCUACUUCAAAUCUU